AUGCAUCUUUCAGCCCUCCUCCUCAGCGUCUCCUUCGCUUCGGCACAAUACGCCCAACAAUUCGGUCCAGGCCCCGGGGAACUGGAAUAUCUGAAAAACAUCAACGGAGGUUCAAACGACAACCAACACCAGAAUCAGAAUCAGGGCCAGAGCUACAACAACAACGGAAAUGGCAACUACGGCAAUUAUGAGGUUGGCUACGACGACUAUGAGAACACCGCCCCGACCCCUCACACCCCAAUCCGAGCCCCGGCUUCAUCGCCAGCUGUUCUGAUCCACAGCACCUUCGUGGUGCGACCUUCUCAAGCACCUUUCGCUCGGUCGUAUCCUCAGGCCCCAGCCCCUGGGUACGCAUACAACCAUCCAAGCCCGGAUAUCUCUGCACACCAGGUGCACCAGACUCCGGCCCCUCGUCACCAGGAAUCCGCACCCCAAGGCCGGUCCCAGAACUUUGGCCCAGGAGGUCACGACGUCCCAGUCGGAGCAUCCGGUGGCCUGGCUCCAAUCGACCCAUUGAGACCGGAUUCGCAGGUUGCACCUCCUCCCCUCUUCCCCAACCAACAUCAUGGCAAGGACGAGGGGAAUAGCUUCUGCAUGGGGAAGUGCUUUGCUCAUGAGAGUGAUGCGAAGUGCGCGAAGCCUUACGUGAGUUUCUCUUUUUCUUUUUCCUGCAUAUAA